GACCUCUUAACUCUUAAGUCCUUCAAAGCAAAGUAUUAGCUCAUCCAAAGCCUCAUAGAUCUCAUAUCGCUCCCCUCUCUCUCUCUCUCUAGAUCACUCCCUUGCUGACAAACUCUUCCUUCAUCAUUUGUAGAGAUGGUUACAUUGGAGAGCUUGGUUGGUCAAAAUCCUGUGGUCAUCUUCAGCAAGAGCUCAUGUGGCAUUUGCCACUCCAUUCAGCAACUGAUACGCAGUUUUGGGGCGAAUCCUACUGUUUACGAGCUCGACCAGCACCCAGAUGGAAAGGAAAUCGAAAGCAAACUGGGACGAAAACCAAGUUUACCUGUUGUGUACAUAGGCCAGAAGUUGGUCGGCGGUGCCAAAGACGUGACGAGCCUCCAAGUCAGGGGCGAACUAGUCCAAGAGCUCAUCCGCGCCGGAGCUAUUUGGGUGUAGCUAGAAUCAUAUAAAAAACUAAACAAAGCUCUAAUACCAUAUGAUUGCUUAGCAUAAGUACGUAACAACCAGAUGAGACAGUUGUAGUAAGAGUAGUUGUCAUUGGGACUCUCUAUAGUUUUACCAAUCGAGUUCAUUACUCCUUACGUUUUGGAUUUUUUUUUAUGUAAUUUCCUUUUUAUGCCUUAUGAAGUUACGUACUAAAUAAAAUUAUAGUUGGUUAAAAUUA